UCCCCCUCCAACGACUACGCCUCCUCUUCCUCCUCCUCUCGCUCCACCACCACUCACCCCUCCACCCCGCCGCCGCCGCCGCCGCUCGCCGCCUCGGCCUCCGUGCAUGAAACCCUAGAGCCAACCCAAACCCCCCUCCCCUCCCGUCCCCGCACGCGAUGGCCAAGGCGCUCCUCUCCUCGUCGCUGCUCCCCUCGCUGCUGCAGCCGCGCGGCCGCGGCGCCUCCCUGCUGCCGCGGCGGCGGCACGUGGGGCGGCGCGCGGCGGUGUGCAGGGUCAGGGCGACGCUCCACGGGCUUGACUCCAUCGGGGGCCUCCACGCGGCGCUGGAGCGCGCCGAGGCGGCGCUGUACACGCUCGCCGACGCCGCCGUCGUCGCGGCGGACGCGGCAGGUGGCGGCGGUGACGCGGAGCAGGCUGCCUCGGCUGCGGCGCAGAAGAGCGGGGGGUGGUUCGGGUUCAUCUCCGAGGCCUUGGAGGUCGUGCUCAAGGUGCUGAAGGACGGCCUAUCAGCAGUUCAUGUGCCAUACGCUUAUGGAUUUGCCAUCAUCCUUCUCACUGUCAUUGUGAAGGCUGCAACAUUACCUUUAACGAAACAACAGGUUGAAUCGACUCUGGCAAUGCAGAAUUUACAGCCACAGCUCAAGGCAAUUCAGAAGAGAUAUGCAGGAAAUCAGGAAAGGAUACAGCUUGAGACUGCUCGAUUGUACAAGCAAGCUGGAGUCAACCCUCUAGCAGGAUGUUUUCCAACUUUGGCAACAAUUCCUGUCUGGAUUGGUCUUUACCAGGCCCUUUCAAAUGUAGCAAAUGAGGGGUUAUUGACAGAAGGAUUUUUCUGGAUUCCAUCUUUGGGAGGCCCUACAACAAUUGCUGCUCGGCAAAGUGGUGCUGGCAUUUCUUGGCUCUUUCCUUUUGUGGAUGGUCAUCCUCCAUUGGGCUGGCAUGACACCAUAUGCUAUCUUGUGUUGCCUGUGCUACUUGUUGCUUCUCAGUUUGUCUCUAUGGAAAUCAUGAAGCCACCCCAGACUGAUGACCCAUCGCAGAAGAACACGCUGCUUGUCUUGAAAUUUCUUCCAUUUAUGAUUGGGUGGUUCUCUUUGUCGGUGCCAUCAGGAUUGUCUAUUUAUUGGUUCACUAAUAAUAUCCUCAGCACAGCACAGCAGGUUUGGUUACGGAAACUGGGAGGAGCAAAACCUGUUGUAAAUGAGGGUGGUAGUGGGAUAAUUACUGCAGGACGAGCAAAGCGUACAAGCGCUCAAUCAGCUCAACCUGGUGAAAGAUUUAGGCAACUGAAAGAAGAGGAGAGCAAGAAAAAAGGCAACAGAGCGCUUGCUGCAGGUGAUUCAGACCCUUCGUCCUCAACUUCAGAGGAUGAGGAGUCAGAUGAUGAGACUACUACAGAAGAGGGAGGACCUGAGGAAAGAUUAAAUUCCAUUAGCAACAACAAGAAACUUCCAAGUUACUCUGGAAAGAAGGGCAAAAGAUCAAAGAGGAAGCGCAUGGUUCAGUAGGUGUGGCAGAGCCUGAUUGGAUUUUAAUUUUGUCAUAACUGGUUACUUCAGUUGACCAGUACGAUUGCAUAGUUGAUCUCGGACACAAUUUUGAUGCUCGGUUGGAAGCCUAAUCUUCAAGUGCAGGACAGAGACAGACACAACACAUUCCAGGGUACAGGUGUUUUGCUGGCACACAGCAAGAUGAAAAUAGUUCAGUACACUACAAAUAGGUUUGAGAGGGUUAAUGCAUGGCUCGAGUGUGUGUUACAUAAGAGUAUUAGAUUACUUGUGCUAUUCAAUGUGGGUACCAAACUCACGCAGGAUUGUAAAAUUCAUGCUACAUGUUUUUAUGUCCCUCUUGUAACCUAAUAACAUUCUUUGCGGAAGAGUAUACUGGAGAAGUUAGAACA